AUGGACGCGAUGCGACGGGAAGAACAUACGAUUGCUGGGCAGGAGAUGUUUGAGCAACAGAAGACUCCUGAACAGCUGCUUGAGCGGAGUGCACCGGAUGCACUCCGCGAUGAGCAGGUCGAGCAACUGGGAGGUGCGGCAGGUGCUCAAAGCCUUGCCACCGUUGAAGCCGCGAAUGGGCAUUUGGAGGCUCUUCUGGGCGCCGAUGCCGACGAGGAGAUUGCUGCAGUCGACACCUCUGCUGCACAGCAGUACCACGAUCUGGAAGCGGAACCGAAGUCUGCUUUCUCGGAUUCUUCCUCAGACGGAUCGUCUGAAUAUGGAGAACGUGAUUCCGAGCAAGGACCGCUAAGCCCACUGCACAAGGGUACUGCAUUCGCCGAAUUUCAUAGCGACUUCAUGAACGCUAUCGGUCCACAUCCAAACGAGCUGGUCAACGAUCGCAAUCCAAGGAUGCAGCAGCAGUCGCAGGAAGAGCAUGCUCCGCAGCCGGAAGAGCAACAACUUGCCACUCACACACAAACUCUCAAAGAAUGGGCCGAAUAUCAAGGCUACGAGUGGGAAGAAAUGCCUCAUUGUCCGAAAAUGUGGUUCGACCCGGAGCGAGAGACUAUCAUCAAGUUCGUUCUUUGGAAGGGAGACGAUUGGGAGUACCAGAGAAAGGUGAGUGAAAGGCAGCACGAGGGCCACCGUGGUAACGGUGGUGCGCGUUUGGGAGAAUUCGCAUCGCGGUUGCGUGGCGUCAGUCCUGAUGCGCCACGGUAUCCUAGCCCAUUGAACCCUGGUAGGUUCGAUAUUCUGCCUAUGACGACCGCCUUGCCGCCUUCUCCAGAGGGGAGCAACGACUAUGAGGAGCGCAACGAGGAGGCACAUCGGGAUGAGUGGGAGGAUGGGGAGACCGAGGACGAGCGUGAUCAUCAAGACGAUUCUGAGGAGAUUGACGGCCCCGCUCGCCCAGAGACUCCCGCCGAUUUCACUGCCGAAAGUAAUCAGGCAACUGAUAAUAGCAAAUGGGCCGACAUAGACGACGAAGACGAGGACAGCAUCGACCUCGUGGCAGAUGCAAACGAGCGGUUUGCUCACCGUGACAGUGUUGCUGAGAGUCGCAGGAGCACGCUCGAGUCCGAUGCCGAAGAAGCUUUACCCAAUCUCUCCACCGUCGGUCAGGACGUCGAGCAGGCAGACGGAUGCACCGUUUCAGUCCUAUAUCGACUUGAGCCGACAGUCUGGACAGAGCAAUCGCUUAACGCAGACGAAACUUCGGCCAAAGCUGGCAACGACGCGCCAGCCUCGCCUGGCGCUAAGAUCGAGGCACCACCACGCAGUGGUGAGUCCGCAGACGAGACCGUAGAUGAGGCUGAGAGCGAGACUCCCGACACACCUUCUAGCGCCCAAAUGCUGGAAGCCGUCACCGGUAUGACGGAGCAAGAAGGUGACCAAGCUCUGAACGCCUGGCAUGAACGCUUCGAAAGUCUCGCGGGCUCCAACGUCCCGCUGAACCUGGUGGAAAGAGCAGCCAUGACCAGAGCCAUGUUAGCCUGGGGCUCGGAACAGAAGUUCCGCCACCACGGACGUGGUGCACGUAUUCCAAUUCCUGCGGGAGACUUGAAGUACCAACAAUACCUCAGUGGCCUGGCCUGGGAUUAUCGUGUGAGAUUCUAUCAACUCCAGAAUUACGCGGCUCAGCAUGCCGGACAACAGCAGGAUCGCUAUGAUGAGCUCUUGCACGCUUACCAUGAACUACGAGCGACGUUCAAUGAGCUGAAUGAUGAGUACGAAGCCAGCCAGCGUAGGUUGCGGGAGAUGUCCGAUGGCGAUGACCUGGUCCAGAGAUACAACGAGCUGGAGGCCCAGUACCAUGAGCACCUCCGCGAGUGCUCAGAGUGUUCCAACCAGGCUGCUGCGGGCGGUAAGUGCGCCAGACUGGAGAAAGAAUUGGCCGAGCAGAAGGAGCACAUGGAGCAGCAGCAGAGGGAGUACCAGGCCGCCGUCGAUGAAGUUGACCGGUUGAAGAAGAAUAUCGAAGAGGUAACGGCGAAGGCAAAGAAGUGGAGGGUCAAUUUCGAGAAGAUGGCGAGCUACGCCGAGAGCGUCAAGGAUUUGGCGGAACAGGCCAGGAGAGCCAACGAGAGAAAGAGGUACGUAUCACGCUUGGAGCAUCACGUUCCUGCUGACUUGGACGCUCUUGCUGACUCUUCUAAAAGUGAAUUUUCACAAACGGACAGAGGGACACAACCUCCGGAUGAUCUCACCCCUGAGCUGGAGAGACUGGUGUCUGAACUUGGUGUGUGCAAGCAGGAGCUGGACGAAUGUAAGAAUGCUCAGCAUCAGCUCCUGGAGUGCCGUGCCCACAAUCAGGACCUUGGAGCCGAGAAUGAGCGCCUCCAGAUUGUCGAAAAGAGCCUGCUCAAGACGAUCGAGGCCUUGCGAGCCAAGAUCGAACAGCUCGAGAGCGACCUCACCCGUCUCAGCGGCUAUCGCGAGAGUUGUUCCACCCUCGAGGCUCAGAACGAAGAGCUGGUACAGCACCUCGCUGAAGUCAAAAGCCGCAAGGCUAGCAUCGAGGGCAAACAGCGUCGCUCACUUGCACUUCUCACCACCCUAUCCAAGUCUCCGGCCGUAGCAAAGGCCAUCUCUUGGGACAUGGGCGGGGAGAAGGAAGAAGAAGAAGAAGAAGAAGAAGAAGAAGAAGAAGAAGAAGAAGAAGAAAAGGUCGUACCUUCACCAGUCGAGCGUCCAGCGGCCGAAGAAGAGCCAUUCACUCACCACAACUCUCCUGCCAUCGGUUUGGGUCUCUACAUCGACACCAAUCUCUCGCGGCCACUGUCUCCAGCCGCCUUCCCGCCACAGACUCCAAUACCCGCACCGAUGCUCAUGGGAACACCCAUCCUCUCUCCUCGCCGCGUACCAACCGCGCCCCCACCCAUCCCUCUGCCCGCCGCUCGCAUCGCGCAAUGGCAGAAUACGCAGACGUACAGGAAUUCUAAGGCGGCCAGUCAGGCCCGAAGGCACCAGGAAGAAGAGCGAGAUGCGGACCUCGAAGCGUGCAAGAGAGCUGCUUAUUGCAACAUUUUUGGCAGGGAGAUGCCGAAGCCGGUGCAGCCGCAGCCGGUUUCGAAGACGCGUCUUUUGGAUAGCUAUCGGACUCUGGGCAGGAGGCGGCUUGCUGGCGGUAACAACCCCGUUGCUGCGGCUGCGGCUGCGUGA